CCUCCCAAAUCUCUAUUUCCCAAAUCUCUACCUCCCAAAUCUAUAUCUCCCAAAUCUCUAUUUCCCAAAUCUCUACCUCCCAAAUCUCUAUUUCCCAAAUCUCUACCUCCCAAAUCUCUACCUCCCAAAUCUCUAUCUCCCAAAUCUCUACCUCCCAAAUUUCUAUCUCCAAAAGUUCUGAUUCUGUUAUCAGCCACCAAUUUACAAUGUGCAUUCAAAAUGUCUUGCUUUAGUCAACGUAGCAAAAGAUUUGCACAUACAUGUCACAGUGUGCUUCACAUAGGCGUCACUGUAUGGUUCUCAUGUUAUGAUGUAGACGCCAUGCUUUAGUACUAUUUAUUUAAUACAGAAAUUAUUUAUGUGUGUCUGUGGCCUUUGGUGCUCCAUGUGUUAUUGAUAUUUGUGUGUGGUGAUUGUAACUAUUCUAAUGGUGUCUCUCCUGCCACCGUCACAGUUGAUUUCUAUACACUCAAUGUAUGCUGCUACUAAC